AUGGCAAGACCUUAUUUUUCAACCAGUAAAACACAGCCUACAAAUAAGAUCAUCUUGGUUAGUGGAUAAAGGUGUGCUAUAAAUUGAUGUUGAACUUUAGCUUGUCCUCAGAUCAACCAACAAGGACCUAGAUUCCUGCAGAAAAGCAGUCUCUUAAUCCCAGGUAGUAAAAGUCAAUUUUGUUUCCUGCUGACAGGGAAAGUCUAUUGAAAUGAAUCCACUAGGGGAAACUAGAUUUACCUUCGCCCCCACCCCCCAUGUUAACCCUGACUUAAAAGGUUUCCUCCAGCCUCUUCUAGAAUGGUAAAAACCUUUGGAUUAUUUUGGCAGCGCAGUGGUAACGUUUCAGGCUGGCUACUUCCUUUCGGUUGCUAGGCACUUCGCCUUUCUCCCCAACAGAGGCUGUCAAGUGCUACUGCUGUUGCUGUUGCCGGUAGUGUUUGCCACACAUACCUGCUUAGCUCCUGGGAAAUGAUGAGAUUGAUGAUUCUCUCUCCUGGAAAACCUUUCAUCACAGAGAUUCAUCUCAGCACUAAAGGGCAGUAUUUAACGUCACUUCGCAAACAGUGGAGUAAGACUUUUGUAAAGAAACCUUGUGCAGCAUGGAUUCUCUACCAGAAGAAUUUUUUGUGAGCCAUCCCCAUGUGGAGGAUCAGAGAAAGGAAGAAACUGAGAAUAAGCCAGAAAAAUCAUCCGUUCAACUGGACAAACAGGAAAAGGACGUUCCUACUGAUCUUGUUCCUGUUAACCUACUAUUAGAAGUGAAGAAGUUAUUAAGUGCAAUUAAUACUCUACCAAAAGGUGUGGUUCCUCAUGUUAAGAAGUUCUUACAAGAAGAUUUUUCCUUCCAAACUAUGCAGAGAGAAGUUGCAGCUAACAGCCAGAGUGGUGAGGAAAUUGUUCCUGCUUUGACUUUACGUUUCUUGAUAACACAACUGGAAGCAGCACUCAGGAACAUUCAAGCCACUAAUUAUACUGCACGCCAGAUUAAUGUUGGUUAUUAUUUGACAUUACUGUUUUUAUAUGGAGUAGCACUCACUGAAAGAGGAAAGAAAGAGGAUUAUACAGAAGCUGAGAAUAAAUUUCUGGUGAUGAAGAUGGUGAUCCAAGAGAAUGAAAUUUGUGAAAACUUUAUGUCUUUAGUUUAUUUUGGACGUGGUUUACUGCGAUGUGCUCAGAAGAGAUAUAAUGGAGGACUGCUAGAAUUUCAUAAGGGCUUACAAGAAAUUGGAGAUAUAAAUGACCAUUGGUUUGACAUAGAUCCUACAGAAGAUGAAGAUUUACCUACAACUUUUAAAGAUCUUCUUAAUAAUUUUAUCAAGACAACUGAAAGUAAUAUAAUGAAGCAGACCAUUUGUAGUUACCUAGAUUGUGAACGAUCUUGUGAAGCUGACAUUUUGAAGAACACCAGUUAUAAGGGAUUUUUUCAGUUAAUGUGCAGUAAAAAUUGCUGUGUUUAUUUCCACAAAAUUUGCUGGAAAAGGUUUAAGAAUUUAAAAUAUCCAGGUGAAAAUGAUCAGAGUUUUAUUGCGAAGAAAUGUUUGAAGGAAGGAUGUACAGGUGACAUGGCAAGGAUGCUGCAAUGUGAUGUACCUGGAAUUGUUAAAAUUUUGUUUGAAGUUGUGAGAAAGGACGAAUAUAUAACCAUUGAAAAUUUAGGAGCAAGUUAUAAAAAGUUGGUAUCUCUGAAAAUAGCUGAUACUGAUAUAAGACCGAAGAUCAGUUUAAAAUUUAAUACAAAAGAUGAAAUGCCUAUCUUCAAGCUUGAUUAUAAUUACUUCUAUCAUCUGCUUCAUAUAAUUAUUAUUUCUGGUACUGACGUUGUUCGGCAAAUAUUUGAUGAGGCUAUGCCACCCCCUCUUUUGAGAAAAGAGCUUCUUAUACACAAGAAUGUGCUGGAAUCUUACUACAACCAUCUUUGGACCAAUCAUCCUUUGGGUGGAUCAUGGCAUCUGCUUUUUCCUCCAAACAAGGAGUUACCACAAUCCAAACAGUUUGACUUAUGCCUCCUACUAGCUCUCAUACAACAUUUGAAUGUGUUCCCUGCACCCAAAAACGGAUGGAAUAUGGAACCACCAUCUUCUGACAUCUCUAAAUCUGCAGAUAUCCUGAGACUGUGCAAAUACAGGGAUAUCCUCCUUAGUGAGAUCUUGAUGAAUGGUCUCACUGAGUCACAAUUCAAUUCAAUUUGGAAAGAAGUUUCAGAUAUUCUUCUGCGCCUUGGGAUGAAACAAGAAGAUAUUGAUAAAGUGAAGGAGAAUCCCAUUGAGAAUAUCUCCCUUGAUUACCAUCAGCUAUCCAUCUACCUAGGCAUACCCGUACCAGAAAUCAUACAGAGGAUGUUAUCCUGCUAUCAACAAGGAAUUGCUCUACAGUCAAUAACGGGCAGUCAGCGUACUGAAAUAGAAGAGUUACAGAACGAGGAAGAAGAACUAAGUCCACCUAUCAUGGAAUACAAUAUAAAUGUGAAAUCAAACCCUGAAAUACAGUUUGCAGAAAUUAAUAAAGAUGGGGCCUCAAUACCCAGUGAAUCUUCAACAGAAUCUCUUAAAGAUCUCCAGGAAGUUAAGAGUAAACAAAGGAAAAAGAAAAAGACUAAGAAUAAAAAGAAUACAGACUCAAAAGAAGAGCAAGUCCCAUAUGUGGUAGAAAACGAAGAGCAGUUGAAGAAAGAACAAGCAAAUCCACAGUCAGUCGGUGGCUUUUUAAAAGAUGACGCAAGUGAUAUUCAAGAGGAUUCUGCAACGGAAGACAAGUUUUAUAGCCUGGAUGAAUUGCAUAUUCUGGACAUGAUAGAGCAGGGCUCAGCUGGCAAAGUAACCACAGACUAUGGAGAAACUGAGAAGGAAAGGCUUGCUCGGCAAAGGCAGCUUUAUAAAUUGCACUAUCAGUGUGAAGAUUUCAAAAGACAGUUGAGAACAGUGACUUUUCGGUGGCAAGAAAACCAAAUGCAGAUUAAAAAGAAAGACAAAAUUAUUUCAUCUCUUAAUCAACAAGUGGCUUUUGGAAUCAAUAAGGUUUCCAAAUUACAGCGUCAGAUCCAUGCUAAAGAUAAUGAAAUCAAGAACCUUAAAGAGCAACUUUCCAUGAAGAGAUCUCAGUGGGAAAUGGAAAAGCAUAAUCUGGAAAGCACAAUGAAAACAUAUGUGGGCAAACUGAAUACAGAAACUAGCAGAGCUUUAACAGCCGAGGUGUAUUUCUUACAGUGUCGUAGGGAUUUUGGUUUGCUUCAUCUAGAGCAGACUGAAAAGGAAUGUCUCAAUCAACUUGCCAGGGUGACUCACAUGGCAGCAAGCAACCUAGAAUCACUUCAGUUAAAAGCUGCAGUAGACAGUUGGAAUGCCAUAGUGGCAGAUGUUAGAAACAAGAUUGCAUUCCUCAGGACACAGUACAAUGAACAAAUAAACAAAGUAAAGCAAGGAUUUGCCUUGAGUACCUUGCCUCCAGUUCAGCUUCCUCCUCCACCACCCAGUCCUGAGAUACUGAUGCAGCAGUUCUUAGGAAGACCCCUUGUGAAAGAAUCUUUCUUUAGACCCAUACUUACUGUUCCUCAAAUGCCUGCAGUUUGCCCAGGAGUCAUCUCUGCAACUGGCCAACCUAGAGCCCCCCUGAUGACUGGCAUAGCCUGGACUCUGCCAGUGCCUGUAGGAGAUGCUGUGCCCCCCAGUGCAGGUCUGGGGAGUGAUCCCUCCAUGAUGAAUUGGGAGAGAAUUACAGACAGGCUGAAAACUGCCUUUCCACAACAGACCAGAAAGGAACUUACAGAUUUCUUACGAAAAUUGAAAGACGCUCAUGGGAAGUCCUUGUCUGGACUGACAUUUGAUGAAAUUGUUUGCAAGAUUUCCCAGUUUAUUGACCCCAAAAAAUCUCAGAGUCAAGGAAAAUCAGUGUCAAAUGGUAAUUGUGUUUCACCUAGUCAUUCUCCAUCACAGCCUAAUGCUGCCCAGCCUCCAAAACCAGCCUGGCGGCCCCUCACUUCACAAAGUUCUGCCACAUGGGAAGGAGCCAAUAAGCCAGAUGAGGAAGAGGAGGAAGAAGAGCCUUGUGUGAUCUGUCAUGAGAAUCUGUCUCCAGAAAACCUUUCAGUUUUGCCUUGUGCUCACAAAUUCCAUGCUCAGUGCAUUAGACCAUGGUUGAUGCAACAGGGGACAUGUCCAACCUGCAGACUCCACGUUUUGCUACCAGAAGAAUUCCCUGGUCACCCUAGCCGGCAGUUGCCCAAGAUCUGAUAUAAGGUGGGGGGUGCCUAUGCAGGGGAAGCUCAGUUUUCAGACUCCAAAAUUUAGAUCUGCCUUUUAUUAUGAGCUGCUUGUGUAAGUGGUGUAAAGCUGUGUGCUCUUCAAUACAGUGCUAAAGAAGCCAGCUAAUCUUAUCAAAACAGCAGCCAAAGAAGUCAGGACAAAUCUUCAUGACUUGUGAACUGAACUGAAGGGGCUUGAAGCAGCUGGAAUUGUAAUAGUUACACUAUAUUUGCUCUUAUCUUAGUAGGUUUUUUUUUGUAAUGGAAACAUGAUAACUGUUAGUAUAUUUCUUAGGAUGUUUUGAUGUUUUUUCUUGUCUUUUUAAAAUUCUUAUUUCACUCAUCCUUUACUCUCCCCUCAAGUAUUCUACACUAUAAUUUUCUGAAAUAAAUUUAAGCAAGAGGAAAAGGGAAAUAGUAAGGAAGUAGGAAAAUCACACAGAAAUUCGUAUUCCUUCUAACUUUUUUUUUUUUUUUGAGACAGAGUUUUGCUCUUGUUGCCCAGGCUGGAGUGCAAUGGCGGGAUCUUGGCUCACUGCAACCUCCACCUCCCAGGUUCAAGCAGUUCUCUCGUCUCAGCCUCCCAGGUAGCUGGGAUUAUAGGUGCAUGCCACCAUGCCCUAUAUUUUUAGUAGAGACAGGGCUUCAUCAUAUUGUUCAUGCUGGUCUUGAAUUUCUGACCUCAGCUGAUCCACCCGCCUCAGCCUCCCAAAGUGCUGGGAUUACAGGCAUGAGCCACUGUGCCCAGCACCUCCUAACUUUUAAAACCUUCUUAAAAAUAUAAUUGACUUAAGUUUUAUCUCAAUAUUCCCCAUUCUUUUAUAUCCUCUUACAUAGGCACCCACGAAGAGAUUAUGAGCUACUUGAAGGUAGAGGGCAUACAGUGGUGUGUCAGAGCUGGCUUAUAAUGGUUUGUGAGUAGCAAUCAUUCGUUUGAGGAGUUUUGUGAGACAGUUGUCAAAUUGUUGGUAGCUUGAAAUCUGCCACAGUUGGAGGAUUUAUACCGUAGAAAUUGGUAAAUGCUCUAAGUGAAGACCCACCUUUCCCUCAAGAGCUAGUUGUGAAACCUUUACCAGCACACCAGUAGACCUUGUCUAAAACUUCUUUGUGUUCCCAGUGCCUUGCCCAGUAGCUACAGGAUAAAUUUUACCAGAAUCAGAAAUCAGGAAGUGGUAAGAAAAGGAGUUAAUAUGCAAACUAAAUUAUUCACUCAAUUGAAUAAUUGAGAUCUUCUGUUCCUUGCACUUUAAUCAUUUGCAUUUUGGAGAAAUUUUUUUUCUGCUUUAAAAGUCUGUAAUUUCACUUUCUUAUGUCAGAAGAGGGGAAAACUAUUUGUCCGUAGUUGCUUUUUGUGACAAAGUUAAUACACACUAAGAUAAGUUACAUGUCUAAAGCUUGUCACUAAGAAUUUUCAUUUUUAGGGGUAAAAAUCUAUUUUGAAAAUAGUGUGUGAAUUGUGUAAGUGUUGUACAUGUCUCUGGUUUCAGAAUUAAAAGAAUUCAGAGUUA